AUGUCGUUCCCUCAGACCAACAACGGCCUUCCCGACGGCUCUACUCCUAUCAACGGCGGCGGUAUGGACGGCCAGUUCCCCCCCGCUCCUGCUAUGCAGGGCCCUCCUUCGGGACAGAACUCUGCGAACGAGUCUGCCCGUACCCUAUGGAUGGGCGAGCUUGAUUCUUGGAUGGACGAGCAGUUCAUCAAGUCCCUUUACCAGAACCAGACUGGCGACAACGUCAAUGUGAAGAUCAUCCGCGACCGCGGCACUGGUAACGCCGGCUACUGCUUCGUCGAGUUCCCCAGCCCUGAGUCCGCCAACAAGGCCUUAACUCUCAAUGGUACUCCGAUCUCUGGCUCCAACGGUCGACACUUCAAGUUGAACUGGGCCUCCGGUGGCGGUUUGGUUGAUCGACGUGACGAGCGUGGUCCCGAGUUCUCCAUCUUUGUCGGAGACCUCGGUCCUGAGGUCAACGAGUUCGUGCUCGUGUCUCUGUUCCAGGCUCGUUUCCCCUCCUGCAAGUCCGCUAAGAUCAUGACGGAUGCCACGACCGGACAGUCGCGCGGUUACGGAUUUGUGCGCUUCGCCGAUGAGAGCGACCAGCAGCGAGCUUUGCACGAGAUGCAGGGUGUCUACUGCGGCAACCGUCCCAUGCGUAUCAGCACUGCUACUCCAAAGCAGCGGAACCAGAACCCCUACAACGGCGGCGGCCACGGCGGCCAGAUGAUGGCGAACCCCAUGCAGCCUGGCAUGGGCUGGGGCAUGCCUCAGCCUGGUCCAUUUUACGGUGGCGGCGGUGGUGGCUACCCGGGUGCUGGCAUGGGCCAAGCUCCCAUGAACCAGUUCACCGACCCCAACAACACUACCGUCUUCGUUGGCGGCUUGUCGGGCUACGUGACCGAGGACGAGCUGCGUUCUUUCUUCCAGGGAUUCGGCGAGAUAACUUACGUCAAGAUCCCCCCCGGAAAGGGCUGUGGCUUUGUCCAGUUCGUCCACCGCCACGCCGCGGAGAUGGCGAUCAACCAGAUGCAGGGAUAUCCUAUUGGGAACUCUCGCGUCCGCCUUUCUUGGGGUCGCUCGCAGAAUAACUCUGGCGUGGGUACUCCUUACCGUCCUGCUCCUCCUCCUCCCCACUACGGCAUGACGCCUCACGGUGGUCCUGGCCCUUACGGUCCCCACCAUUUUGGUGGUGGCAACCCUCCUCCUCCCCCGAUGGCGUAA